GGUUUGGCGCCGGUUGUGUCGUUCAUUAACAUUCGCCCAUAGCUCUUUAUUGUUGUCAACUUGUGUCAAAUUAUAACUCAAACAUGCAUUUUUUCUUCGUUGGUCACACGAGCCUGGAACGAUGGCCUGAAGCCUUCCAUUAGAAAAUUUAAGUUUCAUCAUUUUGUCGUAAAAUUAGCUGUCGUAAUUCCUCUACAUGGGCAUGGCACCUCCAGGAAACAGCUUUGGAGAGAGCAUCCAGGAGUAUGAAGUCACAGCCCUUAUUGGUAAGGGUGGAUUUGCCAGCGUUUACCGAGGGAGGUGCUGCAAAACUGGACUUGAUGUAGCUAUCAAAAUGAUCGACAAGAAAAAUAUGAAAGCACAAGGAAUGGUUGAUCGUGUUCGACAAGAGGUGCAAAUUCAUUCUCGGCUAAAACAUCCUUCAGUCUUGGAAUUGUAUACAUUUUUUGAAGAUGAUAAUUAUGUGUACCUUGUUUUGGAGCUGUGUUUGGGUGGUGAACUACAACGGCAUAUCAGAUCUCUAUCCCAUCCUUUAUCAGAAGAGAAAGUUAGUCAGAUUAUACGUCAAGUAACACAAGGACUCUUGUACCUGCAUUCACAUCGAAUUCUCCACAGAGACCUCACAUUGGCCAAUCUGCUACUUGUAGACGAUAUGAGUGAAAUGAGAGUAAAAAUAGCUGAUUUUGGCCUUGCAACGCAAUUAAAACGGCUCGAGGACAAACAUAUGACUAUGUGUGGGACGCCUAACUAUAUAUCACCAGAGGUAGCCACAAAAUCAGCUCAUGGCCUAGAAGCUGACGUGUGGGGCUUGGGAUGCAUGAUUUAUACUCUGCUAGUUGGAAGACCCCCAUUUGAUACUGAUGAAAUCAAGAGCACUCUCACCAGAGUUGUCAUGGCCAACUACAAGAUUCCUGAUCACGUUUCUUCAGAGGCAAGAGACUUGAUCCAGUGUCUUCUUAAGAAGAACCCAAAGGAAAGGAUGAAACUUCAUGAUGUUCUUGACCAUCCUUUCUUAAGGAAAAGCUUGGUCAAGGAAAAUAGCAGUGAGAGAUGGCUAGGUGAAGACAGCGGCCUUUGCACCAUGUCAAGUCGGACAGACCGGCCAGGAAGCAGUGUUCAGUCAUCCCACCAUAUCAUUCAAUCAGCUGCAAAGCAGAACUACAGCCAACCAAUCAUGAGCCAGUUUUCUUUGAACAGAUGUGGAAAUAUGUCAGAAAAUCAUAUGUCAUGGGGUGGUCCCUGUGGAAAUUUGGCUCAUUCAAGCAGACAUCAACAUCCUAACCCUGCUCUUGUUGAUCUACAACGAUCCCUGGUCCACACUGGAUCGUGCCACAGCCAAAACAGUUUUUGCAGCCAUUCCUCAUCGCAGCCAGUACACAGUGUUGCAGUUGUAGAUCCCAGACCAUGCAUUUCCCAUGCUGUGCCUGUACUUGGACAAAAUUGUAAUGCUGGGAAUAAUCCAACUCAUUCCUACUACCAAACACACACAAGCAACCCUCAGAAGUCUUCAGGCACAGGUUGUGAGUUUGAAACAAGGAGUUCGGAAUGGUCCAUGGAUUGUCAUCCAAGAGCUGCGGACAUGCCAGAGGCAACCAGUGCAGCAUUUCCAAAUGAAGCAAAGAAAAAUUUACCGCCUCCACUCAAUACCACGCGUCUUCAACCAGUGAGGCACCAGACGAAAAAAGCAGUUCUCACAAUUUUAGAGACCGGAGAAGUGGUUGUGGAAUUUCUGAGAAAAGGCUUGACCUCAGAAAAAGUCAUGGACGUCUGCCGAAUAUCUGGAGACGGUCUGAGGGUCAUCUUAUACCGACCAAACAAAGGCAAAGGAGUCGAAGUAUGCGACCAGCCAGCAACCUUGCCAUCGAAUGGCGCGGAUCACAUUUUCAGCUAUGACAAUCUACCUGAAAAAUACUUCACCAAGUAUAUCUACGCAUCAAGAUUUGUGGAUUUGGUGAAAGCUGUGACACCCAAAGUUACUUUGUUUAGUGAUAGGGCAAAGUGUGUACUGAUGGAAAACCAACCCCUGCCAAACUUUGAAACCAACUUCCUUGGAGGUCAAAAAGUAUCGAGAACAGCAGGAAUUUGGAAAAUUACAACAGAUAGUAGUUCCCAUGUUGAAGUAGAUCCUGGUGAUUCUGGCUCACUGUCUCCUUCGCAGCAAAUACUAUGGAAUCAUGCUUAUCAGUGUUUAAAGCAUUGCGAGCUGGUGGAGAGAACUUUGCAAGAUGUUGCAUCCAGCGGAAUGAAAUGCUUCCCAGUCAUUAUUGGCAAACGACCCGUGAUAUCCAACGCCCUCCAAGCAAACAAGGAAAACCAACCCACUGUAAUUACGCCUCCCAGUAAGCCCCACUUAUCGAUGCUCGACAAAGGUUUUAACAGUGCAGCAGUGAUCAAAACUACGCAGCUCGCCAGAAAUCAACACAAUGUCCAGGUAGUGAGAUCAGCCUAUAUCCCAGGAGUAGGUGUUGCGAAUCAGUUGUCCAAUGGCGAAGUCCAAGUCCAGUACAGUGACGGGUCAAUUUUGACCGUGGACUCAUCGAAGGGAACCACUUCCUUUGUUACAUCAGCAGGGGAUCAGCAAGUUUUUGAAAACAGAAACAAUCUCCCCAUUUGGCUGCAGGUGAAGCUCACCAGUUUUCCAUCAGUCAUCCAGCACUUGCUGUCAUCAAAAAAUACUUCUACUUGCUCUCAAAGUAUCAGUUGAUAGUGGCAUAAGAGUUGUGAUUUUGCACAGUGAAUUCUAUACUUGAAUUUAUUCUAUGUUGAACACGUAUUUUAAAGCUUUACAACUGGUGACAAUUUGUUUGUGUGCAAUAUAAAGUUGGACAGAGAAGAUAUCAUAUUUAAAUGUGUCUGCAUUUGGUUAAACCUUUGCAAAAGUAUCUAAACUUAUCACUACUUCAUGAUGUGGUCAUUGAAACAAAUAUAGUAGUUUGAUGUAAUAAUAUUGAGGUUAUAUUUUUUGA